AUGGGUAUGCACGUGCCAUCUCCGGUGGAUGCGGGGGAGCCUUCACCGUGUGCGUGUCUAAUCCGGCCGCCUUCGGCAGGACGUCAAGACAAGGAUCGGCACGACCGGCGCAUGAGCCUGCCAUCACCGGCAGAGUUGUCCGUCAUCGAGAUCGAGGACGCGCACACCCCGAUACCCCUUGGAGGUUUCCCGGGGGGCAGCCCCACCGGGGAGGUCAUUGGCACCCCGGGGCGACCGCACCGGGAGCGGAACCACUCGGGGGGGGGCUUCGUGACGCUCAAGCGGAAGGGAGUGAGAGACGUCGUGCGGCAAGCGCAUGCCCGGUCUGCGUCCGCGGGAUCCGUCGGCGGCAAGCCGGCCGGCAGCUGCCGCACGUGUGGCGGUGGCGGAGGGGGUACCCCGGUAACGUGCUCAGAGUUUUUCUCGGGCGGCGGCGGCGGCGGCGGCAGCGGCGGCGGCGGCGGCAACUGCGGCUACGAUGAACGCGACCACGUCCACGACUUAGAAGCGAACGAGCCGCUGGGUCCGCCGUCUCCGAUGCCGUUUCGAAGACCGAGCGGGAGCGGGAGCGUGGGCGGCCGCGGCAGCGGCAGCGGCAGGCGGGGCAGCGGUACGCCUGGCUCCGCAGCCGCGGCCGUCGCUUCGCUCGAGGACGCGGCGCAGCGAAUCGCCGUAGACCCGGACUCGGGACACUCGUAUUUCGUGGAGCGCUCCACCGUCUGCGACGCGUGUCCCUACUGCGAGGACACGUGCGAGGUGGCGUGGUGCAACGGCUGCGACGAGACCAGGAUGCACCUGGAGGAAGCGUACGGGAAGCUCAUGCUGUCCGCGGCGGAGGUGGCGGGGGCAGGCGGGAGGCACGGCGGCGGAGGCGGCGGCUGCGAAACCGGCGCUGAUAACGGCGGCGGUAGCAGGCUGAAGCUUGCCCCCGUGCUCUCCCGACGGUACCCGCGAAAGUCGAGCUACACGCUCUGCGAGGUUCGCCGCCGGAAGGUCACGGGGGCGUGCUGGGUGGUGUCCCAGGGCUCCGUGUAUGACGUCACAGCCGCCCUCCCGGAUCACCCGGGGGGAAAGAGGUCCGUGCUCAAGAACGCUGGCGGGAGAGACUGCGCCGAGGACUUCUUCUUCCACUCCAGGGCCGCCAAGAAGCAGUGGCGGCAGUACCGUAUCGGCAGCCUCGUCGCGUGCCGGCCGGGGCAGGGGGACGGGGACGGGGGGGCAGCCGGCGACGAGAGGUCGAUGCGGAUCGCAAGCUCGUGCGUAAUCAGCUGAGUAUGUUUUUGCACGCCGCCGCCGCCGCCGAUCGUGGAGUCGCCGCUGUAUCGCUCUCCCUGGUCCACCUCCUUCCUGUUCGAUGAAUUGACCAUGCCGCUGAUGCUCCUACGGCGCACGCUGUCUGGUUGUUUUGGUUUGUGAACGGUUACGCCGGAGAUUGGUUUCGUUUUUGUACAUUUUUGGAGUCCCUUCUAUUCUAGUCCCGCGGUUUGACAUAGACUAAUCUUUUUACAAGGGUGUUAACGGUUCUUCGUUGUGUAGUGUUAAAGCAAAUUGCCGGAGGGGUUGAGGUUCCUCGCAGGGCCGACUGAUACUGCUGUACGCGUUAGAUAAACACGCGAGGCGUGUGGUACGGCAAAAUCGUUUUCGUACGGGUGUGUCUAGAGGAGAGAGGGUGUAUUUGACGGCGUCACGCAUCUGCCGUGCGGCUACAUAGCACAAUGGAAAACUCGCCGGAAAUCACCGCGGCAGCAAGCGGUAUUACCGGUGUUGGGGCGCUGCGCUAGACGGUGUUCCGUCGCGUCAUGUAACCACACAAGUUGUUUCCGGUGUAUGCAUGUGGUAUGCCACUCUUAGUGUGAAUUCUGUUGUUCUUACAGGGGAAGCGUGUUUGGUGCUUCGGAUGGGGAGGGGUGCGUGUCCGCGUGUUGUAUGCGCCUGUUUCUUGUGCGGCUGCAACAGGGGUUCUGUAAGACAGUAGUAGGUUUUGACACCACUGCUGUUCAUCUAGAAUCUUGGGGUCAAGGCUACUGUAACAGGGGGGGUCUGUGAAAUAGAUUUUGAUUCUACCGUUCAUGUAAGAAUCUUGUGUUCCGAGGCUGCAAGAAGGGGUCCGUGUGACAGAUUUUGUACUGCAGUUCAUUAGAACGUUGCUGAGGCUGCAAAGGAAAGGUCUGUGCAACAGACUCUUGAUACGCCACCCAGCUUCUUCUGUGCGAACGAGGUAGUUCCACGUGUGUAUUCUAUCACCCCAUCCCGCCAGCCCCCCCCCCCCCC